AUUAUAAUAAUAAUAACAAACAUAAUCAACCUGGAGAGAAGAAAAGGGAAAGUGAACCCAAUUGUGAGCAGCAUAAGAGAAAGGUUCAGGCUCAAAGCGAUGCCGUUGAAUAUAGUACACGAGGCCAAUGGUUUUCCCAGAAUCAUACUCACUGAGCCAUGUGGGUCUUCUGCUGAGGUGCUCCUGUAUGGAGGGCAGGUCGUUUCUUGGAAGAAUGAAAGAAGAGAAGAACUGCUUUUUGUGAGCAGCAAGGCAAUUUGGAAACCGCCAAAAGCCAUAAGGGGAGGUAUACCUGUUUGCUUUCCACAGUUUGGAAACCUUGGCUCGCUGGAGCAGCAUGGAUUUGCAAGGAACCGAUUAUGGUCAUUGGAUAAUGACCCUUCACCUCUGCCUCUGGCUAACAAUCAGUCAUCGGUGGAUUUGAUCCUGAAAUCCACAGAAGAGGAUUUAAAGACCUGGCCCCGUAGCUUUGAACUGCGACUUCGUGUCUCUCUUAGUGCUGGAAAGCUCGCUUUGAUUCCCCGAGUGAGGAAUACCGAUAACAGACCAUUCUCUUUUACAUUUGCACUGCGGAACUACUUAUCCGUAUCAGAUAUCAGUGAAGUGCGUAUUGAAGGCUUGGAAACAUUAGAUUACUUUGAUAAUCUGAUGCGCCGAGAAAGGUUCACUGAGCAGGCAGAUGCAAUUACCUUCGAUGGGGAGAUUGACAGAGUGUAUUUGAGCACACCAACAAAGAUUGCCAUUAUAGAUCAUGAGAAGAAGAGAACCUUUGUCCUCCGAAAAGUUGGAAUGCCAGAUGCAGUUGUAUGGAAUCCGUGGGACAAAAAGGCCAAGGCACUUUUGGAUUUAGGUGAUGAGGACUACAAAACCAUGUUAUGCAUGGAUUCUGCAUCCGUGGAAAACACAAUUGCCUUGAAACCCUAUGAAGAAUGGAAGGGCCAUCAAGAAAUCUCUACUGUCUCAUCAAGCUAUUGCAGUGGGCAGUUGGAUCCUUCUAAGGUUCUUUACGGCUUUCGCUGACCUAAUCUUUGUGCUUCACAAAACUUUUUACUCUCUGCGUCUCUGAUAGCCUAUGUGCCCUUAAGGCUGAGCUAUGUCUCGCCCCCUUUUCGGUAGAUGAGAUUGGGAUGAAAGGGCUGGCUUUCACUAACCGUCAGUGAAGGUGACACUGCAUAGCACAUGUUCUAUAGUAAUUUAUCGGUUUGUUUUAUUUAUUCCCUUGUAUGCACCCACUUGCUUGUUCUUGUAUAAUCUUUGUAGUGACAGUUUAGGAUGUUACUGGAGUGAGCAUAAAUUAGCUUAAAUAUAAUAUGUGAUAGUGUCAUUGAGGGGUCAAACCAUCACAGGCUGGGCAACAGGGCAUUUUUAUGUGUUGCCACUUAGUAAUGGUGAAGAAUGUUUAUCUUGUAUCAGAGUAUUGUCAAAUAAAUGAGCUUCGUGGUUAUAUUAA